AUGAGUCUCUUCGGUCUUGGAAGCAGAAACCAAAAAACAUUUCGUCCAAAAAAGAGUGCUCCCACCGGAAGUAAGGGUGCUCAACUUCAAAAACACAUUGAUGCUACAUUGGGUAGUGGGAACCUGAGGGAAGCUGUUAAACUCCCUCCUGGUGAAGAUAUCAAUGAGUGGCUAGCUGUAAACACCGUGGACUUCUUUAAUCAAGUGAAUAUCAUGUUUGGUACGUUGACUGAAUUCUGCACGCCGAGUAACUGUCCUACAAUGACUGCAGGACCAAAGUACGAGUAUCGAUGGGCUGACGGCGUUACUAUAAAAAAACCAAUAGAGGUAUCUGCUCCAAAGUAUGUCGAGUAUUUGAUGGAUUGGAUUGAAUCUCAACUAGAUGAUGAAACAAUAUUCCCUCAAAGAUUAGGGGCUCCUUUUCCACCCAAUUUCAGAGAUGUUGUCAAGACAAUAUUUAAGCGAUUAUUCCGCGUAUAUGCUCAUAUUUAUCACUCACAUUUUCAGAAGAUUGUAAGUUUGAAGGAGGAAGCUCACCUGAAUACUUGCUUCAAGCAUUUUGUUUUAUUUACUUGGGAAUUCCGGUUGAUCGAAAAAGCGGAGCUAGCACCUCUUGAGGACCUUGUUGAUUCUAUUAUACAGUGA